AUGCCGUGGUAUCUCAGCACGUUUCGUGUCAGCUUCUGCGUGAUUUACUCUUACUUUGCCUACGUGCAGGUGAAGUGGAUCGUUGCGGCUGAGGAGCGCUACCGACGCUCGCUGACAUGGAAGCCGGCGGUGGCUACCAUUUUUGACCACAAAAUCGUCAUGAAGCGCGGUGGCUCGAGCUACGUGCAGUACCGUUUCGAGGUGGAUGGCAGAGAAUACAUUGGCGACCGCUUCCGUAGCGGUGGCAUCCAUAAGGAAGAGAUGGUGUCAAAUCCGGCUCUGCUCGGCGCAGGGACGCAGCUAGUGGUGUACCACAACCCCGCCGACCCCAGCGAGAGCGCCAUCAAGCUGCAGACAGAUCGGGGCGCGGAGUCAGUGUUCAUUAUGGGCAUUGCGGUGUCGUUGCUUGUGGCGUACAGNUCUGUGCGGUGUGAGACGAUCCUGCCCAACAUGUUCUACAGCUUCCUCGGUGUGAACCGUCGGCUGGGCGGCAUCACGGGCCUGAAAGAGGCGCGGACACAUUCGCGACAAAAGAUGAAAUAUGGCAAAAGCACCGGCGCCAUUUAA